GUGCAACUCAAACAGCUGUCUCACCCUGCCUUUACAAGCAGACCGAGUUCCUCAACACACACUCUCACACAGACCCACACAUCUGUAACAUUCAGAGCCAUUUGUCUCCUCAAUUCUGAGCAAUGGCAGAUAAGGAACUUUUCAAAGUCCGCAGCAAAUUUGUGGAGAAGGUGUCAAAGUCGAUGCUCAAGCAGCUCCUGGACGACCUUUUGGAGGAUCGCUUGUUGAACGAUGGCGAGGUGGAGUCUGUGCUUGAGGACAACACCACCAAAGCAGACAUGGCGCGCUGCCUCGUCGACAUUGUGAGGAAGAAGGGCACCAGAGCCAGCAAGAUGCUGAUCGACCACAUUAAAACCAGAGACGAAAUGCUGCACUCCGAGCUGUUCCCUGAUUCACAAGACCAACCGGAUGCAGCUCCUCCGACACAGAGAACCUGGUCAAACAAACUCAUCCCCGUGACUGACUCUGAGAGGACGAAAAAAAUGAAUGAUCCAGAUAUUUACAAAGUGUCCGAAAAGAAUCUGAAAAGUCGCGUGGCCCUUUUGAUCACCAACAGAAACUUUACUGACGACGGCUUAACCAGAAAGGGAGCGGAGAAAGACGAGGAGAACAUGUUGAAUCUGCUCAGAUCCCUGCAGUACGAGGUGGUGAAGUACAACGACCUCACAGCAAAGGACAUUGAAAAGGCCCUGCGUGACUUCACAACACACCCCAAACUGAAAGAAACCGACAGCGUGUUUGUGGUGCUCAUGUCUCACGGAAAGCGGGGUUUGGUACUCGGAGUCGACCACAGACAAGACAAGCCAGACGAAUUCGCCGUCGACAAAAUCUACGCAUAUCUCGGCCCACAAAAAUGCCCCGCACUGACGGACAAACCCAAGGUCAUCAUCAUCCAGGCCUGCAGAGGAGAAAGGGAAGGACAUACCAUUGUCAGCGACAGCGCGGGAUCCAGCGUGGUGUCCGACGAGGCGACGCACCAACCAGCCUCUCCUGGUAGCAUCGUUGAAGACUCCCUUCGAUACGUUCACAAGGAAAAGGACUUCAUCUCCCUCCUGUCGAGCACGCCUGAUACCGUCUCAUACAGAAGAGAGGAUUUGGGCUCCUUCCUGAUUCAGUACAUUGUUGAAGUCUUCAACACCUGCUCCCACCAGGAUGACAUUGAUGAGCUUUUCAGAAAAGUCAUGCAGCGCUUCGAAGAUUUUCCUGAUGCAACCAAAAGACAAAUGCCAACAAAAGACAGAUGCACUCUAACCAGGCGCUUCUACCUUUUUCCUGGCCACUGAGACAACAGUGUUUGAUCUGUUGUUAAGCUAACCCUUACUUUUCUUUUUUUAAUGUUUUCUUUUUAAUGUUCUAUCUGUGAACAUAAUAGUGGUGCCAUAAGGCUGCUAUUUACCUAAUAGUUUGUACUUAAACUGGAAAUUGGCCCCAUUUUUAUUUUGCAGGGGAAGUUAUGAGCUUGACUUUACUGUCCUGCAGAGAAAUAUAUAUAUUUUAAGUAACUGUGGAUAACAAAUAAUCAAAAAGAACAUUUAAAAACCCCUGAGAAAACGUGGUUUCAUAACCUCCAGCCCAUUUUGCCAAGAUGUAAUAUAGAUCACAUGUAGUGGCUGCAUGUAAAUCUAAAUCUAAAUUAUGUCACAGAGAGUAAACACAAUAAAAUCCUGCUUUAUCUGCGGCAUUGUUCAUUAAAUGGCACAUCACUGAUGUAUUAAAAUUAAAUACAACAGGUACACUUAGUGAUGUUUUAUUAACGAUUAGAUAAUGCAUUCAGCAAGUACUUUCACUUUUAAUACUUUAGUAUUUUUAAAAGCCAGUUUUUUUGGGUUUUUUUAACUUUCAAGUAAAAAUGUUAAUGUGGUGCUUUUACAUAAGUAAAUUGUUUGAGUACUUUCUCUUCCACUGAGACUAAUCCAAUUUCUGACUUAGUAAAGGUUGUCUAUAUUACCAA